AUGAAGAACGCCUACUGCGAGGACGGAGGAACACAACUUGAAGACUCCCAAAUCGUGGAAACUUCGUCAUACGUAUACCUCGGACGUUCUAUGAACAUGGAAAACGACUUGAAGGAAGAAAUGAGUAGAAGAAUGAGAGCAACAAGGGCAGCAUUCGCACCCGUCAGGGAAGCUACGGACCAACUGACAGACCAAGAUCUUCCUGCCCAUCUGUUCGACUCAACAGUUCUCCCAGCGCUCUGUUACGUAGCGGAGACGUGGGCAGACACUGCUGCCACGUCUAUGAAGCUACUUACUACCCACAGAGGCCCUUGA